UACAAAUAGAUUAAUACCUAUUUUAAUUUGUUAAAUAAUUUCGAAGUCAAAAUUUAGAUUCUCAAACGAAUAUUUGUUAUUAUUUUGUUGUUUUUAUUGGAUACAGUUUUCGAUUCCAAGUUUUUCAUCUCGUGUCAUUUGUACCCAUAUUACCUAUGUUCAAAUAAUUUAGCCAUGUUUAUGAUAUAGACAACUCGAAGUGUAUCGAUGAAAUAAUAUAUCCAGAAUAUUUACGCAUUCCAAUCACAAAACGCAAUCAACUUGAAUCAAAAUAAUGCCUCAAAAAUUCGAAGACCUCGUGAUGACGAAAAGUUUGCAAACAUUGGCGUGCUUUACUAUAGCCAAGGAACUCUGGUCACAUCGCGAAAUCAAGCAACGAAUAGACGUUUGCCUGCGAGCUCAAGAAUUCAAAAAUGGAAACACGUACUGCUUUUAUCGAGUGCCUGAUCAAUUAUUGGCGGAAGUUCACGAUAUGGUCAAGUAUUUCUAUCCCAUUGUGCCCAUUUAUUUCAAACAAAGUAUUUCGGAAAUAAUAAGUUUCAUAGGUGAAGACAUUUUUGACUGGAUUAUCGUGAGCGAAAGCCACCAAGGAGGCAUUAUUCAAGAAAUGAUCAUCUGGAACGUGCGUCUAACACCGUUUCAAACAGUAGAUCGUAUCAAAAGUGCCUGCCUAACCCAAAAGUUCGAUUUCACGAGUAAAACGUUGUGCCCAUGCUGCUAUGAAAAAUACGUGGAGAAACGAUGGAAUAAAUUGGACUCGGAUUUAAAGGAAAAAUUCGAAAUGUUUUUCGGCGAAUAUAAAUUCCACGCAAUCGCUUAUUGGAAAUGCUACGUGCACGUCACCGACCAUUGCGUUAUUCAAGAAAAAAUAAUCAUCAGGAAUUUUCAACUGUUUGAAAAUUUUACUCCUUUAGAGAACAUAUUCAAAAUUUCGGUUUAUUGCGGAUACGACUUAGCUGUCGUCUAUUACUGGAACCAGAUGACCGGCGAGCAAAAAAUGAAUAACUUGAACGCUGUAUUUUGCAAAACGUAUUCGCCCAUUAGUAAACUAGAAAUGUGGAUGGACAGAUGGACCAACGAAAAAGUCACAUCGAAGGCGCAAAUCAGUACAUUUUGUUUCAUAUGGAACCAAAUACCGCAGUUCUACAGGCAAAAAUUGAUGCUGUUCAGCUACUGGAGCGUAUUUAUCAUGAUGAUUAGAUGGCAGAUAGACGACGCCUAUUUUGAACAAAUAUUCGACGAAUGGAAGCCAACGUUUGUAGUCAACCGAUCAUACGAACGAACCCUUCGUAUAGCCGCAUCGUAUAUCAACAAAGGUGAAAAGCACAGAAAGAUAUUUAAUCUUUUGUGGAAACCAGCCGAGAGCUUAUACAGCAACGAAAACAUAGCUGAAUUUAUAUGGGUUUGUAUGCAGAAAUACCUCACAAUUUACGAAGACAUCGAAUCGGCAGCUUUCAUAAUAAAUAAAUUCGCUCAACGAAGAAAAAUACAAAUUAUGGCCUCCCUCAGUCAAAUGCUUUACGUUUACAACGUUAAUCGAGAAUAUCAAACCAGACUACAAGAUUUACUCGCCGCUGAAACUGCAUUCGAGCAACCUGCCGAUGAAGUCACUCUCAAUAUUGAUGACCUAAUACAACCUCCGCAAGAUAAGCAAAAAAUAUCUUUAGUUAUUUUAUUCUUAAUUUUUUUAGUGUAUUUGUUUUUCAUUUUUAUUUGCAUAAUUACUCCCGCAUCGAGGAACACUAAAUUUAGACGAUUUUUAAAUGAAAGUUCAAAAUAAGGAAAUUAUAUGUAUUUUAAAAAAAGA